CAUCAACAACAACAACAAGAAGAAGAAGAUGACAGACACAACAACAGCAGCAAAGAAACGAUUCAUAGGAAAAUCAGGAGGAGCAGCAACCAAGAACAACAGCACUCGAACAGCAGCCAAGAAACGGACGAACGAAGUACCAAGGGAGAUACUCGAGAACGAGCUACUGAACCGACUGAUCCAGGAAUGUCUGCCAAAGACCUACAACUUCGAGCUCCACAAGACCAUCCACCAGGUCAUCCAGAACCAGGUGACGAUCUUGGGCCUCCAGAUGCCCGAAGGACUGCUCCAGUUCUCCCUCACCAUCUCCGACCUCAUCCGCAAGUUUUGUCCCGACUGCCAGCACGUCGUCGUCCUCGGUGAUGUCACUUACGGCGCCUGCUGUGUGGACGACUUCACGGCUAAAGCCCUAGGCUGUCAGAUGCUCAUCCACUAUGGUCAUUCCUGUCUCAUCCCGGUCGACCAAACCUCGAUCAAGACUCUCUACGUCUUUGUCGAGAUCGGGAUCGACAGGAGCCAUCUCACAGACACCAUCCGAGCGAACUUCCCUCAAUGUCUCCGCGAAGAAGAAGCAGAAGCAGAAGUGGCUGAGGGAGGGCUGAAGCAUCUGUCGAUCGAGCACGAGGACAGUAAUCCUGGAGAGCAAGAGCUGCAUCUGGCCAUCGUCGGCACCGUCCAAUUCGUCUCCGCCGUCCAAGCGCUCAAACACGAGCUCGAACUCCCGACCUCUACUCUCCCGCUCGCCCAGCAGCCUAAACAAAUCACCCACCAAACUAUCCCGGAUGAUGCCCUCCAACCUGCGCCCAAAGCUUCGUCCUGUCGUUUCCGGGUCACCGUGCCGCAAGUCAAGCCGCUCAGUCCGGGCGAGAUCUUGGGCUGCACGGCUCCUCGACUGGCCUCCGACGUCGACGCCAUCCUGUAUUUGGGAGACGGAAGGUUCCAUCUCGAGGCAAUCAUGAUCGCCAACCCUUCGAUCCCAGCCUUCAGAUACGACCCGUAUGAGAAGAAGAUCACCCGCGAAGGGUACGACCAUGUCCAGAUGCGCCGCGUCCGUGCCUCGGCCAUCCACCUCGCCCGACACUCCCUGCGGACCGGCCCCGUCUCCUCGCCCAAUAACACUCCCAAGGAAGACCUGUCGUCGUCGUGCUUAGACCAAGAGGAGGGGGCUUCGGAUAGGGCCUGGGCGGUGGUGUUGGGCACAUUGGGACGACAGGGCAGUCUCUCGGUGCUCAAAUCGAUCACCAGCGGGCUGGGAGCCAAGUCGGGACCGAAGAAGCUGGCCGUCCCGCUCCUGGUCUCGGAGCUGUCGGCGCUCAAGCUCGGCCCAUUGACGGCCCACAUCGACGUGUGUGUGCAGACCUCGUGUCCCCGUCUCUCGAUCGACUGGGGCCACGAUUUCCUCUGCCAUCGUCCUCCCGCUUCUCAGGCCGGUGCAGCCGACGGCCAUCGGACGGCCAGGGUCGUCCCGCUCCUCAAUCCCUACGAGGCUAAAGUCGCCCUCGGUCAGGCUGUCGGGUUCCAUCUUGAGUCGCUGAAUGACUCCGCCGAUCGCUCGUUGUUGGACUCUUAUCCCAUGGACUUCUAUGCGGAUGAGUCGUUAGGCGACUGGACCCCCCGUCACGGAAGAAACAUCCGUCCUCGGCGGGCUCCUGUUGUCCCUCCGGUCCAAUAACCAGGCUUCCAUUUUCUUUUUUUUCUUUCGGAUCUUCGCUUUCUUCUCUUCCCUCCAAUUUACUCCCUUUUUUCUCUUUUUUUUUGGGUGUGGGCUUCCAAUAUGUAUUGUUCUCUUUUUAUACUCUUUUAUCCGUGUUUGUCCAAAAUCAAGCCCCCCAAAAAAACACUUUGGUUGUUAUUCUUAUAUGUUUCAAGUAUAGCAAUAUGUGUAUGUGUCCAGUUAGUUGUUCUCUCAGCGUGCAUUACUCAUAAGCGUUGUCAGAUGGAUGAGGACUGUAGAACAAAUGAUUUCACAGUUCAUUUUU